AUGGCUGACUGCAAAGAGCUUGUCAUCAGUGAUUCCACAUGGAGUCUGGAGUUCACUCAGAACCUUCUUCCGUCUGCGGAGCGAGCGGAUCUUCCCUAUCAUCUGUCUUACCUGCAUCUGGGAAGUUUCCCAGAGCUGGAGCAUCUGAUCAGAGAACGAGCUCUUGAAACACAACAGCUGUUCAGAUCCUCUGAGGCCAUUCUGCUGAAGUGUGUCAGCACGAGUCACAACCUGGUUUCCUCCCUGUUCCCAAAGCUGAAGUCGGCGGUUGAAAUGAAUAAACCCACUUUGGCUGUGAGAUAUAUGGAGAAAGCCAGAUCAUGGAUUGAUGACACCAUUAGAGCCAUGGAUGACAUGGUGAAGAGGUAUGAACAUCAAAACCGAAGUGUGGCGAUGUGUACAAGUGAUGUGUUUCAAGAACAAAAAGAGACAGAAAAACAACAAACUCAGCACUCUGAGGAGAUGAAGAGUCUGGAGGAGGAUGUAGCUAAGCUCGAAGAGGAGUUCAGAAAAAAUGGCAAAAAUUUAAAGGAAAUGGAGAAAAAAAUGGAAAAAAACUUGGAACUGCAGAAUCAUAUUAAAACUGCAGUUUUUAGAAAAAGCUAUGGUAUGGCUAUCCUGUCUGUCUUAGUGCCAUUUGUUGGACCCCUUAUUAAAUCCAUUUAUGAUACUAUGACUACUCAUGAUGCUGUUGCUCAAACUCAAGCUCUCAACGUUGAACUGUCCCGUCUCACCUCUGAAAAGAGCAAUUUGCAAAACAAACAGUGGGACAUCGUAGUCAAACUGACUGAUCUUCAGCUGCAGCUGGCCACUUCAAGAAUACAGCUGGGUGUGAUUCCUAGUCCCAUCCUCCUGGAGGGCGUCCAGCAGUGUCUUUCUCGAAUCCAACAAAUUCUGGUUCAGCUUCGGAAGUUCUGUGAGAAAGUGCGUACUCUGCUGGACUCACUGAAAGACAAGACCUUUGUUAAAGAGGAUCUCAUUGAGGACCUGAAGGAGGAGUUUCUGACCUCCGUUGAAGCAACAGGAAAGCACUGGCAGAGAUUUGGUGAAUGCUGUCAGAGAGCACAAGGUGUCUUCGGUAUUCAGUCUAAGGAUGCGUAUAAGUUUCUGAAGACCAGUCCGUCUUCACUCUCAAAAGAUGAAUGGAAGGAGCAGUACGAGUCUGUCAUGGAGAAGCUGAAGCAGAUCAGCCCGCAGUAUUCGUCCACAGCCGCCAUCACUGAGUGACACACAGAGAUCUGACGCUUCCUCUCAAACUUUAAAUGCUCCUUAUAACGUAUGCGCAUAUUAAUGCAUACAGCUUCUCUUGUCAUUUUUAUAAUGCUU